AUGUCUUACAAUAACGGUGGUUACGGCGGUGCUAGUAGAGAUACCGGAUACGUCAACAAUAACAGAAGUUCCUACAAAACUGGUGGUUACAAUGAUAACCGCGGCGGUAGCAGAGAUGGCGGUUACAAUAACAACUAUAAUAAUCAAGGUAGAGGUGGAUAUCAAAAAUCAUAUGAUCAACCUCAAGAAUUAGUUGCUCCAGAAUGGGAUUUAGAAAACUUGCCAAUGUUUGAAAAGAAUUUCUAUUCUGAACAUCCAAAUAUUGCCGCUAGAUCAGAUAGAGAAAUUGAAGAUUUUAGAAGACAAAAUGAAAUGAGUGUUCUUGGUCACGAUAUUCCACAUCCAAUCACUUCUUUUGAAGAAGCUGGUUUCCCAGAUUAUGUAUUGAAGGAAGUUUUAGCUCAAGGUUUCCCAAGUCCAACCCCUAUUCAAUGUCAAGGUUGGCCUAUGGCUUUAAGUGGUAGAGAUAUGGUUGGUAUUGCUGCUACUGGUUCUGGUAAGACUUUAUCUUAUUGUUUACCUGCUAUUGUUCAUAUUAAUGCUCAACCAUUAUUAAGUCCAGGUGAUGGUCCUAUUGCCCUUGUUUUAGCUCCAACCAGAGAAUUAGCUUGUCAAAUUCAACAAGAAUGUUCCAAAUUUGGUCGUUCUUCUAGAAUUAGAAAUACUUGUGUUUAUGGUGGUGCUGCUAGAGGUCCACAAAUUAGAGAUUUAGCUAGAGGUGUUGAAAUCUGUAUUGCUACUCCAGGUAGAUUGAUUGAUAUGUUAGAAGCUGGUAAGACUAACUUGAAGAGAGUUACUUACUUAGUUUUAGAUGAAGCUGAUAGAAUGUUGGAUAUGGGUUUCGAACCUCAAAUUAGAAAGAUUGUUGAUCAAAUCAGACCUGAUCGUCAAACCUUGAUGUGGUCUGCUACUUGGCCAAAGGAAGUUCAAGCUUUAACUAGAGACUACUUACAAGACCCAAUUCAAGUCACUAUUGGUUCUUUGGAAUUAGCUGCUUCCCAUACUAUUACUCAAUUAGUUGAAGUUGUCACUGAAUUCGAAAAGAGAGAUAGAUUAGUUAAACACUUGGAAACUGCCACUGCUGAUAAGGAUGCUAAAUGUUUGAUUUUCGCUUCUACCAAGAGAUCUUGUGAUGAAAUCACUUCAUAUUUAAGAUCAGAUGGUUGGCCAGCAUUGGCUAUCCAUGGUGAUAAGCAACAAAGUGAAAGAGAUUGGGUCUUGAAAGAAUUCAAGACUGGUAAAUCCCCAAUUAUGGUUGCCACUGAUGUUGCAGCCAGAGGUAUUGAUGUCAAAGGUAUUACUUUCGUCAUUAACUAUGAUAUGCCAGGUAACAUUGAAGAUUAUGUCCACAGAAUUGGUAGAACUGGUAGAGGUGGUGCCACUGGUACUGCUGUCUCCUUCUUCACCGAAGACAACAAGAAAUUAGGUGGUGAUUUAAUCAAGAUUAUGAGAGAAGCUAAACAAACCAUUCCACAAGAUUUACAAAAGUAUGACAGAAGAAGUUAUGGAAGUCACAUAAGAUAUGGUGCAGGCCGUGGUGGUCGUGGUUAUGGUGGCCGUGGUGGUGGUCGUGGUUACGGUGGUGGUCGUGGUGGACGCGGUGGUUACCAAAGACAAAGUGGUAGCAAUGGUGCUCCUUUAGGUGGUGCCCGUCGUUUUUAG